GGCCUUUUCUUGUUUGUGUCUCUUCAGGUCCCGAAACCAGAAGAUCUCUCCUUCUCCCAGUUCUGCCUACCACCAUUGCAGCAGGGAUUUGGGAUAUGGGCUCGUUCUUUAUCAAUUUGGAUGCUGCUUAAUGUCCAUAAUUACUCAGAUAAGAAAAAAUGGAGGAGCCGUUCUUCGACCUUGUGGAGUUUCUUCGAAGGCCUUCAAUAACCGAAACAUUAGUCGACAUUUUGCUAUGUGCAGUUCCAAUUUGGCUCGCUGUGAUGAUUGGGCUCGUGAUCGGGUGGUCCUGGAGGCCUCGCUGGACCGGGCUUGUUUUUCUUGGUCUUCGGAGCAAGUUCCGGUUCCUCUGGACUGCUCCACCAGGGUUUGGGGCACGGCGUCUUUGGUUAGCUUUCACGGCACUCUCUGCUUUCUCAGUUUGUCGAACGAUUUGGUCAAAUUUUAGGAGCAAGGAUAAGGAAUUGCCGCCUGGUUCUCUAGAUUCAGGGGUCAUUGCUGGGGCUAGGGGCAGGUCAGGUUCCUCAAAUGAUUUGGCAGAGAACCAUGGCGAAGCUGUUCGCACUACACCUUCUGAGAGAGAGCAGGAUGUAAUCGCAGAGAAUGAUUUAGAUCACCUACUGCACUUUUUGGAAGGGAGAGAUGGAGAGAUGGAAUGGCAAAGUAUGAUGGAGAGGUCUACCCCAAGCAUGUCAUACCAAGCAUGGCGCCAUGAGCCUGAGACAGGUCCAACAGUUUACCGAAGUAGGACUGUGUUUGAGGAUGCAACACCAGAGUUGGUUAAAGAUUUUUUUUGGGAUGAUGAGUUUCGACCUAAAUGGGAUACAAUGCUUGCACAUUGUAAAAUAUUGGAGGAAUGCCCUCAAACAGGAACAAUGAUUGUUCACUGGAUUAAAAAGUUCCCAUUUUUCUGCAGUGAUCGAGAAUAUAUCAUUGGCCGAAGAAUAUGGGAAGCUGGAAAAUCUUACUACUGUGUGACUAAGGGUGUCUCAUAUCCAGGAUUACACAAGCGUGACAAGCCUAGACGUGUGGAGCUUUACUUUUCAAGCUGGCUUAUUAGAGCUGUGGAAUCUCGUAAAGGAGAUGGGCAGUUGUCUGCUUGUGAGGUGACCCUCAUACACUAUGAGGACAUGGGUAUCCCCAAAGAUGUGGCAAAGUUAGGUGUUCGCCACGGUAUGUGGGGUGCGGUAAAGAAACUGCACUCGGGCAUGAGAGCAUACCAGAACAUGAGGAAACUGGACGCUUCUUUGUCUCGAAGUGCGAUUAUGGCUAACAUAACAACAAAGAUACCUUGUGAUGGAAGCAUGGAGUCACUGGGGCCUACAGCGGGUGAACCUGGGUGCGGAAAGAGACCAAAAGAUCAAGGUCUUGAUUGGAAAUGGCUAGUUUUAGGAGGAACUGUGGCUCUGGUUUGUGGACUACACUCUGGGGUAGGAAAAGCUUUAUUACUUGGUGCAGGGCAGAGAUUGGCAAGAAGAUGAUGUAAUGAUUGUUUGGAAAACUCCUCUGAUCUUUUUAGUGGAAACUUUAAAAUGUGUUAUAAUUACUAAAUGAGAUAAUGUGCACACUGUAGACUCACUCAAGUCCUGUUAUAUCUAGUGUUCUAUUGUUAUAGAGAAUACAACUAUGAUAUUUUCCGUUCGGCUCCGAUUACAUCCCUGUGGAGGAACGUAAACAUUCUUUAUGCAUUUCUUUGUGUUUAGAACCCAUGUAAUUUUUUUUUUCUUUAAGUAUCUCUUUCUUACUAUAAAUACAUUUCAGUUACUUAUCUAUAGACUAGAGAGAGAGAAAUAAUUUAGCA